UUGAAGGAAAGUUGGCGGGUGCGCUGUUCUGAUGCUGGAAUUAUUUUCGGAUGAAGGUAACCUACUUGAAGUGUAUUGUUUGACAAUCAGAUGAAAGCAUGACUGGUUGUGUCUUUACUAUAAAACCCACACUAGAACCGCUAAAGCAGUCAUUUGGACUGCUCAUGAAUAAAUAAAUAAAUGUAUUACUCCAUCCUUAACUAUUCCUUUAAUAAGUCUAUAAAACACACUGUAGUUGUUAGAAUCUUAAUAUUGCAAACAGAAGUAGUAUUAUAACCAGUUUUAGGAGGGCAUGUCAUUUUAAAUGGUUUUCCCCCGUUGCCUCUCCUCCCGACAGUAGGGCCUGCGCCCCUCCUCCCAAUAGUUGAAGCUGCCGUGCCCAGUUGAUAAUCACCCCGAUAAGUGCCUCAACUGAACCUAAACUAUACCAAAGCUAAUUUCACACAUCACAACAGAUCAAAUAAAUGAAGUGAAGUAUGAUGGUGCGAAUGGAUGAGUUGAUGAGCGAGGGGAAGCGGACAAUGCAUAAUUAUGUAAUCACCAAUUGUAAAUUACGGAAAGGGCGGGCCAUUCUAUUGUAUUGAUCUAUUCUAAUUAUAGUCACUCCACCGAAUCCAAGCAGUCCUAUCAGUCUACUCUGGCCUUGGAGUACAUAGUCAGUGAGGGCGUGCAUCAUUCACAAUGGCAAGAAGACCAAGACAAAUGGAUGCACAUGCUGCGUUAGCUUUGCUACCAAAUCUGAAUGAAAACGACUGAUGGUGGGGAAUAAAUUAAUCCUGAUGACAUCUGAUUAUUCUUCUGAUUCUGAGCCUCAGUCAGAAUUUACACCUCCGAGGCUUAAGUGUCAAAAAGCCAGAAUGGUGCGCACUCAGAGAAGAAGGGACGGCACCGUUUGCAGAGAACAAGCCAGUGACAAUGCUACUGUCCGAUUAUCAGCACAAAAUGUUAUCACUGAGAGGGCAGGCCCUAAAUAACAUUAGCAACAAACUCACCAGCGUCGUUUAUGUGACAUGCUCUAACUGAUGCCAUUGCAUGAAGACCACACCAUGUAAGCACGAGCAUACAAUAAUUGACUAUUUUUGACUGCUGUCUUUUCGACACUUACAGUAUAUUCAUUAAAAUGUAAUUGCUUUUGUGCUGAUUUUCACUGUUUAUGAAGCACACCUGACACUUAUAAUGAUGUUUAGGCUACUGAUGUUUUCAUAAUUUGGCCGCGCAUGUUGCUGGCGGUGCGUCUUGGUGGUUGGGUUAUUUUGUAAUCUGUUACCGUGUUCCAACACAUACUUUCAGUUUCAUAGUUAUAACAAAGGCACUCCACAAAUACAAUUGAUAGAACACUUGAAUUAGUGUUUUUUGUUUUAUCCUACAGUAACAAACUAAUAAAUGAUUUUGUGUUAUAAAAAAUAAAAAAAAUCUGUAUAUUCUGUUACCAAAACCUUCAUAAACACAACCAAAUGAUAAUUUUUGCGAUAGCGUAUAUGAAAUGUAUUAAUUACACUGUUAGAGUGUUGCAGUCAGAAUGACUGCUCAUUAGCUUGAAGGGGGGUCCCUCGUGGCCCAGCGGUUCUAGGAGGUCCCGUGAAAGAAACCAUGCCCCUCUAUGGAAAUCAAAUGCCCGUCCAACUGAUUUGUUCUGGUGCCGGCCCUGCCUUAGUCUGGAGACCUGACAUUGAAUUUCAUUGGAUUCAGCAUCGGGCAUAAAUGAGCGUUUGGAUCAGGAAAGUUUCCUCUCACGACCUCUACAAGCCAGAAUGUUACCAACCGCACAGACAACCGGUAAAUUGACCCAGUUGACUUCUUUCAUGGAGAUACUGGCUAAGGAGGCUGUGGACAAAAUCUACAAGCUAUUCAACGAGUGCUCCUCUGUUCUGCAUCUGGAAGUGUCUCGGAGUCAAACUGAGAAUGAGGACUUGAAGAAGAGGCUAGACGCGGUUGAGACCGAACUGAGGACUGUCUUAGAAGGGAGUGGAGGACAAGAGAACAUGUCAGCAAAUGGCUGCUGCAGUGAAGUCAAGAUCAUCCACCAGUUAAAAGGCACACAACCAGGCUUAUGCGCUGGUGAUGCAGAAGUGAAACGAUCCCCCAUCCUCCACCUGUGGAAAGGGAGAGUUCCCUCAACUGUAAACGAGCACUCCAACAUGGAGGACACGAUCGAGUCAGUUAUUAUCAAAGAAGAAGGGUUUGAAGAAUACCUGUACAGCAGCACCUCAGACCCAAGUCCUUUUAUAGAAAGCCAGGCCCAGGAGUUGAGUGACCCAGAGAACCCUACAGAGGACCCAAAGGACAAAGGCGGCGACGCAAGGCCAAAGUGUUUGAGAAAGCCAAAGAUCACAGGGGCUCGUCGGGCAAGGCCCAAAAAUGAGAACCACCUUAGCUGCAAGCACUGCAGGAAGACAUUCAGCAAACUGAUCCAGCUGAAAGCUCACCAGGCCAUCCAUGCGGCAGCGGAGAAACCUUUUAUCUGCCUGCAGUGCGGUCGAGGUUUUUCCUUUAAACGCAGUUUUGAUGCACACCAGCUGCUUCACACAGGAGAGAGACCGCACACCUGUGGCGAGUGUGGUAAAGCUUUCACCCUAAAGCAGCUGCUCAAGAAUCACCAGAGACUCCAUGCAGGGUUGAGACCGUUCCGCUGCGACGAGUGUGGCAAGAGCUUUAACCGGGCCCACGGUCUUAAGAUGCACCAGAUCGUCCACACGGGAGAGAGGAAAUACAGCUGUGAGAUCUGCAAGAAGAGUUUCAGCAUACCAGGAAAUCUCCACAGGCACCAGCGUAUACACACUGGUGAGAAACCGUUCCGUUGUGAUACAUGCGGGAAAAGCUUCAACCAAGCAGACACUCUGAAAGGACACCAGCGGAUCCACACAGGAGAGAGGCCAUUUACCUGUGAGACGUGCGGGAAGUGUUUCAUUCAAAGAAGUGCACUGAAAAUGCACCAAAGAACCCAUGCAGGAGAGAGCGCCUUCCUCUGUGUGGUGUGUGGGACAGUCCUGGCUUGCGUCAACUCUCUCAAGACACACCUUCAGACUCACACAGCAGAGAUGCCUUGUAUGUGCUCAGUGUGCGGUAGUAGUCUCAGUUCACUCACUCACCUCAAAUCGCACCAGCAACUCCACACUAUGGAGAAGCCGCACAGCUGUGGCCUCUGCAACAAGAGCUUCAAGUCGGUCAGCUACCUGAACAUACACAUGAAAACUCACACUGGGGAGAGACCAUUCACCUGUGAUGUGUGUGGAAGGAUGUUCACUCAACACAGCAGCCUGAAAACCCACCAGGCGGUCCAUACUGGGGAGAAACCUUUCAGCUGUGAAACAUGUGGGAAAUGUUUCAGCAACACUGGGAACCUCAACAGGCACCAGCGGAUACACACUGGAGAGAAGCCUUUUAGCUGUGACCUCUGUGGGAGGAGCUUCAACCAGGGCAACAGCCUCAAAGCCCACAAACAAAUCCACACAGGGGAGAAACUUUACAUGUGCGACAAAUGCGGAAAGAGUUUUUCCUACCUGAGGAAUCUGAAAGAUCACAAGUGUUACUAUAUCUAAAACCAAUAGGCAUAGCCUCUUAUUUGUGAUUGACCACACUUGGUUUGAACAAUUCUCGGCAUUCAAAAUGCAUUUAUAGGUCAGUGAGUGGCAUACUAACAUAUGAAGUAUACUGAUCAGAUUGGUUGCCAAGAAAGCCUUUUUCAAAGUUAUUUAAUUUGAAACAUGACUUGUUUUAGAAAUCAACUAUGAUUUUGAAAAAUUAAUAACCAGUUGCCUUUGUUGGGUAGAAGGACUUGGCUGGUGGUCCAGUAACUGUUCAAUGGAGCAGAGCCUAAUUUAUUUGAGAAGGAUAUACAGUGAGGGAAAAAAAGUAUUUGAUCCCCUGCUGAUUUUGUACGUUUGCCCACUGACAAAGAAA